GGCGAUUGCACAAAGCUUAUUCGCGGGCGAGUCUUGUCGUCUUGCGUUAGGUCCGACGAUGAUCAAGGACAUCGGAGGCAGACAAAUUGUGGGUUUUUUGUGUGCAUUUGUGCCACUGUGACAUCUCCAUUCCUCACUGGACCGCGAUCCUGAUGACGAGAAGAGGAAGGUUCAAUAGAACGUAACUGGCUUUUUGUCUCUCGUUUCGGUCUGCGAAGGGGAUUCCUUAACUUGUUUCAUGCCGAUCUCCGCGUACGGUUAUUACUCCUUGACAAUUGCCUGUGCGUGCAAUGCAGCGGCGAGCGAGUACGACUCAUGCGGGUUAGUAUAAAUAGCAGACCUAUAAAGGUCUGCCUGCUCGUACCGCCCAUCUACUUUGCUCCUGCUCAUCAUGGAGUGCGCCACGAUCCUGUCGCCAGCCAUGGCACAGCCAACCUCGGCCUCAUCGAUGUUCCCUGUUGAAAUCUGGCGAGAGAUCAUACGCCUUGCGACGCUCACGCCGAGGCCGACACGCUCCUGCGAACCCGGGCAGGCAUCAAAAAGUGCGGUUCACUUCAACUGGCCCCAUACGGCUUCUUGUGGCGUUAUAGACGAUGAACCGCCGAAGACGAAGCACUCCCUUGCCCUCACUUCCUAUAGGUUUUGGCAUAUGACGAGCGAAUUCCUCUACGAAACCGUGCACAUUCGUCGUGCUGACCAUGCGCGCGUCAUUGCCACGAGCCCAAGCUUGCAAGAUGCACUCGCGAAGUGGACGAAGAACCUUAUUAUUGCGCCAGUAUUCGACUUGGCAUUGUCCCAUGCCGAAUUCAGUCCGCUGGCCAGGCAGUUCGGAGAAGACAUCCAAUUGACUCUCGGAUGUUGCAAGAAACUUAGGUCGCUUGUUAUUCGUGCGGACGCGGUCUCAAAGCGGCUGGCUAUGUACGAGGUGUGGAUGAAGAUUUGUCGUGCGGUCCCGCUGGGAGUGCAGCACUUGGAUAUUGAUGAUGAUAUUCAUGCUCCGUCAUUAUGGGAGCCUCGUCAUCUCCUAGAGACCCGAUACGAUGCGUUUCUACGAUCCUUGCGCCUCACAGCCGUUCAAAACACCAGCGCUUACGACCUGCCGAACCUGUCGCAUCUCGCUUUAUACAGCUGGCCUAUUGCAAGUAAAUGGGCUAUGCAGUCACUUACACAUCUGUAUAUCACGUAUUUCCCUAAUUUACCUCGCACGAAUACCUUCUGGACGUCUCCAAAGCCUACAUUGGAGCUGUUGCAUUUCGGUCACGGAACCGACUUGGGCAGUUUCCCCGACCUCUCUCGAUUCUUGCGCAACACUACGCCUAACUUGCACACGCUCGAAUAUUAUUAUUAUGGAGACUCCGAGAUGUCCUGGGAUCCUAGUGCACUGCCCGACUCGUUGAAGCGUGUCACCAUCAAGACUUUCCAUCACUGGCCUACUGGUUACAAACGUGGGCAGCUGGAAAUGAAUUUCUCGAACGACAACUCAGAACCUAUCCUCCUGCCUGCUUCAGCAGAGCGGUGGAGUGCAUUUGCCAGACAUAUUGCUGGAUUCAAUGUACGACCUACCAUUCUCGUGCCUAAGGGCACCUCGCUCAGUUGCCUCGAGGCGGUAAUCAGGCCGAUCUUCGCGGAACGUGGCGCAGAUGCCUGCUUUGCAGAAUCACCCUAAUCCGUUUCCUCACUUCCCACUUCAUCUGACUCGUCUCAACGCCUUGAUAACGACCCAUCAUGAUGAUCCACCCUCGUUUACAAUACUAUCAUCCGC